AAUUACAAAACCUUCAAAGACAGAGGAGGAGAGAAAAUUGAAUAGAGCAAAAAAAAAAAAAAACAGAGAAGGCAUGGCGGAGGUAGCAGCAGAGACGAAGGUUCAGAGCAAGGUAAUAGUAGCAAUCGAUGAAAGCGAGUGUAGCAGUUAUGCGCUCAAGUGGGCCCUCCAAAAUCUUGAUGACAAACUCAAAUCUGGCCUUUUACUUUUUAGCGUCAUUUCUAUUGAUUACAGUGGAGCUUUUGCAGGCGGUUACGGCUCUCUUCCUGCUGAUCUGAUGACAUCAAUGCAAGACAAUCAGAAGAAGUUUGUAGCUUCUCUCUUAGCGAAAGCCAAGGAGAUCUGUGCAAAGCACGGGGUCACUUAUAUAUGCAGGUUGAUGCUGAUACAGUGUCUGUUAUGGGCAAUCCAAAAGAUGCAAUAUGCGAUGCAGUGCAGAAAUAUCAUUGUCAAUUGCUUGUUUUGGGCAGCCAUGGUAGGGGGGCUGUAGGAAGGGCUUUCCUUGGAAGUGUCAGCAACUACUGUGUUAACCAUGCAAAGUGUCCUGUUCUUGUUGUAAGGCAACCGUUCUGAAGAAAACCUUCAUAUUGCUGUCAUGUAAAGACAAGAUUUCAGUUGCUGUUAUGUAAAGACUAGCAAAUGCUGCUUUGUUUGUACUGUAAAUAUGCAGCUAUGCUAUGUUACAAUGUAUUAUGUAUACCGUAGACACUGAUAAAUAAUGUUGGUGUUACAUAGAUAGUACAGGUUUGUUGUAAAGAAAGAGCUAAUUUCUUUGUAAUAUUGACUUUUACUAUAAAGUUUACUCUGUUCAGUUUA